CCUACGAUCCAACGGCUCAGAAUGCCUUUAUUCGUGCUUAUCGUCGACGCGUCGCAGUAGUUAGUUCUCUCCAACGCCAUCGUUUCAGAAAAUUCUCACGUCCUCCUCCUAUCUCUUAUUCCUCGUUCGGCCUUUUUUUUUCUUUUUUUAAUUUCAGCGGAAUCUCGAUCAACUCUUCUAAAUUAUCACUUGGUUUUGCUCUGUCCGGAUCGUUUGAGUAAUCUGGAUGUUGCCGUUAGAAUUGAUGUGAAAAUUUACGUAAGGGUGUGGAAUUUGGCCCUUUAGAUUAGGGUUUUGGAGAUGGUCACAGAGAGUCCAUUAAAGAUGUUCUCGAAUCUAGAUGCGCGGCCAACACUUGGUGAAGGUCUUAGAGGAUCAAAUGGUAAUCUAGAAGAUAGUUUAGGGAAGGAGCUUGAGUUUUUGCUGCGAGAGCAACGCGGUAGAGAUGUCAUUGAUCGAGAGAGGGACCUCAAUAUUUACAGGAGCGGCAGCGCUCCUCCGACGGUUGAGGGAUCUUUAAGUGCAAUAGGCGGCCUUUUUAGUGAUUUCGGUGCUGACCUUUCUGGGAUUAAUCGGAACUCCAAUACCAACGGAGUUUUGUCAGAUGAAGAGCUUCGUUCACAUCCGGCAUAUCUGUCUUACUACUAUUCCCAUGACAAUAUCAAUCCUAGACUUCCUCCUCCUCUGUUGUCGAAGGAGGAUUGGCGUGUUGCACAGAGGUUUCAAGCUGGCACAUCGUCGUUUGGAGGAAUUGGAGAUCGAAGGAAGAAGGGUUUGGUUGAUGAAGGCGAGAGCAAGUCAUUAUUCUCUUUGCAGCCAGGUCUUCCGGUACAGAAGGGUGAAGGGGAUUUCAUUGAGCCGAAGAAGGUCACUCCAAGGAACCUCGCUAGACAACCUUCCGCGGAAUGGCUUGAAAGAGGCGCCGAUGGCCUUAUUGGAUUGGCGGGUGUGGGGUUGGGUGCGAGGAGGAAGAGCCUUGCUGACAUGCUUCAGGAAGGACUAAGUAGGCCUAAUUCUGUGUCUAGUAAUCUUUCACGCCCUGUGAGCCGUAAUGCUUUGGAUGAUACUGUGGAUCCAAUGGGCAUGUCAAAUCCCCAAUUGGCACAGUUACGUAAUGGAGUGGAAUUUGUAGAUGGCUUACACUCUGGAGCAACUUCCCCUGGUUUGGGUAGAGUUCAGAGCUUUGGUUCAUCUCUUUCUCAGUCUUUUGCCUCUGCUCUGGGCUCUUCUCUGUCACGAAGUACAACCCCUGAUGCUCAGCUGGUUGGGAGGUUGCCUGGUCCUGGUCUCCCCCCUGUAGGGGGUAAGAAAAAUAUUGUUGGUUCAAAUGCCUCAAAUGGUCUUCUCUCUGCUGGUGGUGAUCGUGCUGAUAUUGCAGCUGCAUUUUCUGGCUUAAACCUAUCAACGAAUAGACUUCUAGAUGAAGAUAGUUGUGUACAGCCACAGCUACAACAAGAGUUUGAUAGUAAGACUGGUUUCCGGUAUGAUAUGCCGAAUGGUCUUAAUCAAGGCCUAAAGCAUCAAUUCAUGGACAAAUCUGAGGCUGAAACACUAGCUCUUCCUACCAUGUACAAAGAUCUAGCAAAGAAUGCAACUGUAACUGACCCUAAUGUUUCUAAGAUGGGUUUUAAUGGACACGACAACUUGCCAAAAAGAACAUUCUCUUCUGCUAGUUUGCACACAAAUUUGCAUUCUUCAGGAUCUGCAAGCAUAGAAGGAUCCAGUGUUCAUUAUCAGAAUAAAGAUUUGCCCAAUAAUGAUUUUGUUGGAUAUAUCCCUCAUGGCUAUUCCAUCAGUCAAAGGAUGAACUCAGUGACGAACAAUCAUUUUGAUGCAGGUGCACCUUUAGCUGGAGACAUAGAAGGACCAAGUCUGAAUAGAAGUAGGAAUCAACUAGGAUCUGGCAAUCAGUUGCCAGCCAUGGACCCACUCUACUUACAAUACUUGCAAAGAACUACUGAUCUUGCAGCACAAACUGCAAGUGCAUUGAAUGAUGCUUCUUUGGGAAGGAAUUUCUUGGGCACUUCUCAGGCAGACUUGCUUGGGUUUCAGAAAGCAUAUCUUGAGGCACUGAUUGCUCAACAGAAACAACAGUAUGGCAUUCCAUUCUUGGGUAAAUCUGAUGGUUUAAAUCAUGGGUACUAUGGGAAUCCUGGGUUUGGUCUUGGGUUGCCAUAUCCAGGAAAUCCAUUGGUUGGUGUUGGACUUAGUUCACUUGGAGCCGGAAGUCCUAUCCGGCAGAAUGAGCGUAUGUCACGUUUGCCCUCCAUGACAAGAAGUUCAGUAGGGGGGUCUAUAGGAUCUUGGCAUUCAGAUGAUAGUAGAAAUGCGGAGGAAAGUUCUGCAUCAUCCCUCUUGGAAGAGUUUAAGAACAACAAGACCAGGUCUUUUGAACUUUCAGAAAUUGUUGGUCAUGUUGUUGAAUUCAGUGCUGAUCAGUAUGGUAGCCGCUUUAUUCAGCAGAAACUAGAAACUGCUUCAGAGGAAGAAAAGAACAAGAUAUUUCCAGAGAUCAUUCCUCAAGCUCGCAACUUGAUGACGGAUGUCUUUGGAAAUUAUGUCAUACAGAAGUUUUUUGAACAUGGUACAGAGAGUCAGAGAAAAGAGUUAGCUAGUCAGCUUACUGGUCAUGUUUUGCCUCUUAGUCUUCAAAUGUAUGGAUGUAGGGUGAUUCAGAAGGCAUUAGAGGUGGUUGAUGUGGAUCAACAGACUCAGAUGGUGCAAGAACUUGAUGGUUCAGUCAUGAAAUGUGUCCGUGAUCAAAAUGGUAACCAUGUUAUUCAGAAGUGUAUUGAAUGUGUCCCUCAAGAUAGGAUUCAGUUUAUUAUCUCAGCCUUCUAUGGACAAGUUGUGUCACUCUCUACCCAUCCAUAUGGUUGUCGUGUCAUUCAGAGGGUCCUUGAGCACUGUGAUGAUGCUGAUACACAACGGAUCAUCAUGGAAGAAAUCCUGCAAUCUGUUUGUACACUGGCACAAGAUCAAUAUGGGAAUUAUGUUGUUCAGCAUGUGCUGCAACAUGGUAAACCACAUGAACGAUCUGCUAUAAUUAGCAAGCUUGCAGGACAGAUAGUAAAGAUGAGUCAGCAGAAAUUUGCUUCCAAUGUUGUGGAGAAGUGCUUGACUUUUGGUGGUCCUGAAGAACGUCAACUUCUAGUGAAUGAGAUGCUUGGUUCAACAGAUGAGAAUGAACCUUUGCAGGCCAUGAUGAAAGAUCCAUUUGCAAACUACGUUGUCCAGAAGGUCCUUGAGACCUGUGAUGACCAGAGCCGCGAGUUGAUUCUCUCUCGUAUUAAGGUCCAUUUGAAUGCCCUGAAGCGAUACACAUAUGGUAAACAUAUCGUUGCCCGUGUUGAAAAGCUUAUAACAGCUGGAGAAAGACGCAUGGGGGUCUCAACUUCUUGAUUCUCUAUUGGAGAAGGGAAAAGAACACCUUUGUAGUUUGUACAGAUAACAAGGCCAAUGGUCAUGAUGGGAUUCAUGAACCCGAGUUUUUUAUCUUCUGCAGAGCGGAGUAUCAGAGACGUAGCACAUUUAAAUUACUAGGCUAUAAAUGUGUAAAUAAAAAUAAUCUAGGGCUGCUGAAAUAAGAUUUUUUGCUUCUUGUCACCCUCUCUUCCCCCCAGUUGUAUAUUCCGCACACUGUAAUUUGACAAUGACGAAGAGAGGAUUGUUAGGUUCCAUGUUUUUAGGAUAUGGAGGUCAAAGGUGGGUGAUCAAUGGAUGAUCUGCCUUUGUAAGAAAUGACUGUACAAAGAAAAUCAGUGUAAUGGUAAAUGGAAUUGUAAAGAAAGGGAGCAGAGUACAUGCGGUCAGUUAUCAGGUCUGAGACUGCGACUCUGUCAAGUUUUUACUUCUAUUAAAUAUAAAUAAACAUUUUCUUA